AUGAGAGGACUCGAUGCAUCGAUUACAUCGGGGAACGAAACGUCGAAAUCGAUACGUCGAUGUUUUUUGUCGCAACACGACAUCGCGUCGACAUUUCCAUCCCUAGCCGCCGCCGAAACCGCGCCCGCGGCGCCGCGCUUCCGCCGGCCGCCGGAAGUGAGGUGCAACUGCCGCCAGCCCUCGCAUUACGGGCGUCGCUUACACGCCAAUUGCCAUUGUGGCGCGCCAUUGCCACCGUUCACCAUUAGCGGUGGCUCAGUGGCUCGGCUUGGACACUGCGAGCUCGCGUAUACAAUCCCGAAGACG